ACGAACGUCGGCGCUGUGGUUUCAGUCGGAAAUGUUUUCUUAUUUUGUCCGUAGAAGAAGACGCUUGGCAAACAUGCAGCUGAACGGGCUAACGGCCAGCUAACUACAACGCCAACCGAAAAGCGACAUUAAUUUUCUCAGAUUAAACCGAUCACCAAACUUUUGCUAACUUCUGGACAGGUCCCACUGACCAUGUAGAUAUACAACUCACUUUUAGCAAAAGAAAAAUAUAUAUAAUCGAGGUUUUUAGCUAAAAUAAAAGUUAUAUUUGAUAGCUUCCAUGCUAACUUACGCUGAGAACUACUGCGAUCUGGGAAAGAUCAAAUUUGGUAAAUAGUUCUUCGGCUUGGAGAACAUCCCCAUCCUUACCUAGUUCUGGAUGUCGUGUGCCGUUUGAUCGAACCUUUGGAGGCUUUGGUUUGUUGAGGAGCUCCGCCUGCAGAUGGCGCCACCCCGCAGAAAGAUGACUUUUAACACCGCUGAUCUGCUGAACCGGAGGAGCAGAGGGAUCUGGGAUACUGGGACUUUACACAGAUUCUGCUUGAAAAUCCUCAGAAACAUCACUCUUCACGAAAACAGGAGCUUCAUUAAAGUUUGGAGCAAGACUUCAAAAACAGCAAUAAUGUACGAGAGUGGUAGAAUCUACUGUGAUAAUUACCAGAACUGCUACAGUUGUGUCCACGAUCAGCCCCAGAAUUUAUACAAAUUCCCAAAGAAGUCCAAACAGCAGAAAAUUGAAGAUGCUCUGCUUUGUCAGAGUCCUCUUGACAAAACUUUAUCCUCUCCCUCUGAACAUAAACCCUGCCUCUUAGUUCUGACAGCAGAUAACUGGCUCUGCCGCAUUUCAGCUGAAACAGGAAAAGAGCUCCAGAGGGUUUAUCUCUCUCCUAAAUACAAGUACAGAUAUCUUGCCUGGAAUGUUUCACAAGAAACAUUUUACAUUAAGUCUACUCAGCACAAAGAAACACCCUUGGCAAGACAGGCAGGUAUAUCACAGAAUGCAAUCAUGCACAUGGCCAUUUUUCAUGUUUUCCCCUUGCAAAUUGUGGGGAUUUUGGAGAUAAAUAAAAAGGGAUUUGGAAGUGGUGUUACAGAUGUGGUUCUGUCCCAGGGUGUCCUUGCUGUGUCUUACAGUAACAAGUCAGUGAAACUGUACAGCUUCGAGCACAUUGUCCAAAGAUGCUUAACUGAAGAGUUGACAUUGGGACAGCAGAGUCCCCUGCUGGGACACAGAACCGUCGGGGACGCUCCAUUUGGUAUCCCAGUUAACAUCCAGAUCACAGAACCGCCACCACUUCUUUUUGAGGCAUUCUCUCACAAUGGUGUCCAGAUCGGUGGCUUCCCUUGGCACUACAUUUACACUCCACCACACAAAAAACACAGAGGGACUCACUACAUCUGUUCACUCAGGGACAGCACUUUGGCAAAAAAUGGAAUCCAGAACAUGAACUGUUGCUCUCUUGAGAAUGACGUCAUCUUCUUCCAUCCGGCCGAUUCAGGGAGAGUCAUCCACAUUGGACCCAACACUAUAAAUGUGCUGAAAGUCAUUAGUGAACUAAACAGUCCUUUGCCAUCAGAGGUGCUAGAGGAUUACUCUCUGACAACACAUCAAAGCAACCCGUCCCCUCGUGUCACCGUCACGUCUUCAGGCCGGGUAGUGAGAUCGAGAUUUCAACAACUGGAUGAUGACCCAAUGCAGGAGACCUUUCGGUUGCUGGAAUACGAGGAUGAACUCGACCUUUUGGCCAUAGCGGUGACUAACGGGGAGGGCGAGGAAGGCAGAGCUCAUGUCCAACUGCAUGACAACCAAACAGGGCGGUUACAGCGAAAGAUUGAUCUGGAUGAGCCUUGGGAUGAGACUUAUCCACAUGAGCUGUUCUUUGACAGAGACACCAUUGUUCACAUUGAGCAAAAGGGCAGCCAGUUCUGCUGCCAUGUUUAUAAACUCAGGACCAUCACUAAAUGACAAAUUGACUGAAUGAUAGUGAGAUGUUUUUCACAAUGUUGUAAAGUUGUUGGAAGGAGUGGUAAACUUGUGGAUUAUUGUAUAUUUUUAUUCUGUCUGAAUAUCUGUUUUCUUUAUUAUAAAUUUCUUUAAUCACUAACAACCGCAAAAAUUUUAUUGUUUUUUUUAUAAACUCUCUUUCUCUCUUUUGCUUUUUGUCAUGCACAUACAUACACAUUUUAUUUAAAUUUUAAAAGGACAUUUAGAAAUUCUUAAUUUUAAUUUGAACAUGAACUGCAAACAAUUUCAAACAGUACUUUGCUGACAGAGUAAGGCUUCUUAAAAAUGUUGUUGUUUAAUAAACAAUCAAGAGGAUUCUCUUCACUUAACAGUGAUAAAACAAAUUCCUAAGUUUAAGCCAAAAUUAGAUCAAUAAAUAAG